AUGAAAGGUGAACUUGGUGGUCUUAAAACUUUGAUUUUGAAUGAAAAUGCAAGUGUAUAUUAUAUUCAUUGUUUUUCUCACCAGCUUCAACUUACUCUUGUAGCGGUGGAAAAAAAUAAUUCAAAAAUCGUUUCUUUGUUUGUGUUGCUAACCAAUGUUGUGAAUGUUGUUGGAGGUUCUUGCAAGCGUCUUGACCGUCUUCGAGAACAACAAGCUUCCAAAGUUAUUGAAAUACUUGGUUUAGGUGAAAUCAUAAGCGGUCGAGGCCUCAAUCAAGAAACAUCUCUUAUCAAACCGGGAGACACACGUUGGGGAUCCCAUUAUGGUACUUUGAUAAGUAUGAUUACAUUGUUUCCAUCCGUUUUAGAUGUUCUUGAGAUUAUUACGGAAGAUGGAGCAACCCCAGAACAAAAAUGUGAAGCUGAUAUGUUAAUUAACUCCUUGCAGACCUUUGAUUUCAUAUUUUCUUUGCACUUCAUGAAAAAAUUAUUGGGUAUUACGAAUGAGUUGUCCCAAGCAUUGCAAAGGAAAGAUCAAGAUAUUGUAAAUGCAAUGAACUUGGUUAGAAUUUGCAAGAUGCAAUUGCAAAAUUUGAGGGAUAGUGGAUGGGAUUCUAUGCUCACUCAGACUACAUUGUUUUGUAAAAAACACGAGAUUGAGGUUUGCAACAUGGAUGCAAUGUUCUUACUUCCUGGACGGUCACGACGAAAAUAUCCAAAGAUGACAAACUUACACUACUAUCGUGUAGAGUUAUUCUACGAUGUCAUUGAUUUGCAACGCACAGAACUAGAGAGCCGUUUUAGUGAGACUGGCACCAAAUUGCUUCUUUUCAUGGCGUGUCUCAAUCCAAAUAACUCAUUUGCAGCUUUUGAUAAAAACAAAUUAAUUCAGCUAGCUCGUUUAUAUCCAAAUGAUUUUUCAGAUAUGGAUUUGGAGAUACUUAACGAUCAACUAGAAACUUAUAUUCUCGAUAUGUUGAAUUCGUCAGAGUUUUUCAAUCUAAAUGGGAUUGGCGAUCUUGCACAGAAGAUGGUUGAAACAAAAAGGGAUAAAGUGUUUUCUAUGGUUUACUUGCUCAUUAAAUUAGCAUUGACGUUACCGAUUUCAACAGCAACAGUUGAGAGAUCGUUUUCCGCUAUGAAGAUUGUGAAGAACAGGAUAUGCAAUAAAAUGGGAGAUCAAUGGAUGAAUGAUAAUUUUGUUGCUUAUAUCGAAAAAGAGGUUUUUGCAGAUGUUGCCAAUCAAGAUAUCAGCAAUAUGUUUGAUAAAAUGAAAACUCGUCGACGACCUUAG